GCUGCAGGCUGAGUUCACCCACAUCAAGUCUGAUAUGACCGUUGCCUUGGAAACAGAGAGGAAGGUGACCUCUGACCUGUCAGAGAGACUGGAGGAAGAGAAGAAACAACACGCACACACUCAGCAGGCAGCUGACAGGCAGCGGGACCUUCUGGACCAGAUCAGAGAGACCCUGCAGAGACACCGGACCACAGCUGACAGGUCCGCACACGCAGCAAAGGAUGAUGGGAAACCCAGUCUGGCUCAGGUCCUGCAGCAGCUGACCACAACUCUGAACUGGUACCGGAGCAGCCUGGAGGACUCCAGCAGACAGGUCCAGGACCAGCAGGAGGAGAUCCAGCUCCUGCAGCAGCUGACCUCAGAUCAGCAGAGACAAACUGACGAGGCCCGUCAGGAGUCACUCAAACUGGAGGAGGAGGUGACUCGUCUGCAUCAGGAGGGCUCUGAUUGCUCCAUGCAGAAUCAGCGUCUGCAGGAGGAGCUGCAGAAGAAGGAGGAGGAGCUGCAGA